CAUGUGAUGGUGCAGAAAAGUUAAACCUGUGUCGUACAUUUUAAUACCGAAUAGUUCGAAAAAUGUCUCAAAUCCACACCGGUUUGAUUUUCAAGGGGAAAUUUACACCAGUUUGUAUCAACGAAUUUCUAAUCUAUGAACACAACGGAAUAGCUUAAAAUACCAUCAUUUUAGGUUAGUGUGUUACUAACUACUCACCGGUCACUUGCUUGGUUCUUAUCAUUUACAAGCGUUCCUUUUUCAACACACAAAUUGGGUAAUAACUAACGAGUUCACUUGGGCUCAGACUAAAAUUUAUUUUAUAAACAAAUAUUUAUAAAAUACAUUUUGUUUCCUAGUUUAGUUUUGUUCGAACAGUUAUCUGUAUAUAACGGUAUAGUGUUCCUACAAUAUUACAACAAUGAUACCUAAGAUUGAUCUUCGAAAGUAUGGAGAGUAAGUAAAUUGAAUUUGGCACUUUAUUUUUCAAUUUUUUUUUUUUGAAAAUAUAUGUUUUUUGACACUGAUUUUGAAAGUGUUUGUUUUUUUUUUUUGCGGAACCCAUUAUUCAGGAAGUUCUUAAAGUUUGAAGUUUACCGCUAAUACGGUACAAAUGUCGUUGUACUCACUCAGAUUGUUUUAAAUAUUAACACCCUCAAUUUGUUUUGCAAAACUAUGAUGGAUAGGUAACAGGAAAAAAAUUAUUUGAGGUUAACUUCUGGGCAUAAUUAAAAUGUUUAAAUCACAUAUGGAGAUUACACACUUGUUAAUGUUAAAAAAAAGUGAAACAAUCUUUUAAGAUCAGUAGAUAUCGAACAUUUUGAACUAUGGUCAAAUGUGAAAAAAGUGUUUGAAAAACAACUAGGUAUUUAAUCAAAACCACAAUAACGACAAAAUUGAAAUUUCCAUAACUUCCUUGAACAAAAAAAUUAAAAUAUUUUCAAAAUCAGAGGUGAAAAGUAAACAUAAAAAAAAAAAUUGGUAAAAAUAAAAGGUUCCCAGUAAACUAGAUUUAUACCCAAAAAAAUAAAUGAAAUUAUGUAGUUAACUAAAGUUGACAACAACUGGAUAACUGAGGUAGGUAUUCCAUAAUAUUAUAUGCAGUAUUCACUGUUAUACCUAUCUUAUAUCAUUCAUUUUACUAUACAGAUUUUACCAAAUAUUAUUCUUAAAAUAUCCAAUAAGUGAAUUUCACACAUUUGCCUAACAUAUAAUUUUUGUAUGUUUUUUUAUCUGCAGUAUAUUAUUUUCAUUUUAAAUGCAUAAUCUAUAAAUAUAAUAUAUAAUUUUUAUAGCAAAAUAUUAAAACAUCAAAAAUACUCGAGUGCCAGAAAAUAAUUUCUUGGCGGACGAGAACUAAACCAGUCCCAUUUAAAAAUGUAUGAAAAAGUAAAAAAACAAACAUUUAUUAAAAAAUUAGUAACUUUAGAUUGUUUAUGAUUUUGAUGCAAAGUAAUUUUGUAUACAGUAUGUGUUUGUUUAUUGGAAUCACAAACACAACUAAAAUAUACUGAUGAAUGGUAACUAUUGAUUGGUUUAUCCAUGAUUAAUAAACCAGUUAUGUUAGUAACUUUGCUUACUUUGGCAAAUUCUAUAUAUAUAAGAAAACAAUUGUUUAGUCUAUCUAAAUGUUUAACCUAACCUUUCGGAAAAACUAAUAACAUUAAUAGUUUGAUUAAAAUUGUUAAUAGAAAAGUUGUCUACAGAAAAAAAUAAAUAUCUUUGUGAAACCAUAAGCUUCGCUCCACUCAGAAUCUAAAAUGAGUUUGCAUAAAAUAAACUAAAAGGCACUUAUAAUUGCUGGACUGCUAGUGACUCACUGAAGUCAUUAAAAUUCACUUUUCAACUCUUAAACUCUUCAUUAGUAAAGAUUUUUAGAUUCUACAAUGUAGCAAAAUGUUUGAUGUAUUUGGUCUCUUUAAUUUUUAUAGGUAUUUCAAAUAUUUUAACAUUUUUUCAAUCUAGUUAUUUUGUUUUAAACAUGUUCUAUUAAACUAUUUUUCCCAAUGACAUGUAAAUGUUUUAUAGUUUUAGUCAAGCAUUAGUCACCAAAUAUUCAUAUUGUGCGUUUAAACGUUAAAUAAUAAACAUUUUAGUCUAUAAUACGGUGAGCAGCAUAGGCGUACACACAGGGCAUGCCAAGUGUGCUUGUGCACUACCCAGAAAUGUUUAACAGACUUUAUCUCAUUUCAUCUUAAAUACAUAGAAAAUAUAAAAGUUUUAUAUUUUGUAGACUAUUUAUUUUUUUAACUUGUUUUCAGUUACUACUUUAACAUAAAUUAUUUGACUUGUAUCAGUGUUUAUUGUCUUAUUUUUAUAUUAAAAUCACUUUCAAAAACUAUAUACAUAUAAUAAUUUAUGCAAAUCAUAGAAUACAAUAAAUUGAGAAUACCUAACUAGGUACCUAAGUUAGUUAUACAAAACAAAUUAUACAUUAUAAAUUGUUUUAAAUAAUGAUAUUAGUUGAGUUUUAUUUAUUUAACGAGUUGUAAAAUGUAUAGUUUUUGUAUUUUAUGUAAAUUGUAAUAUAUAACUAUAUAAUUUAAUAAAGCGUAAAAAAAUUAUUUCAUAAAAUUAAAAACAAAAAAUUUACUAUAAUUUUAAAGGUGAAUUGUUUUAUAUUUAUUUCCCAGAUAAUCUAUUCAUACUCCUAAUUUUAAAAAGAACAAUUUAUUUUGUCUUAAUUUUUAGCUAAUUCUUAAGCUAGGAUCAUUUUAUUUUACGUGAUUGCUCACUUGUUAAAUUUUUUCUAACAAUAUAUAUAUUUAUAUAAUUUCAUUGAAAUAUGAAUAACUGUCAAAGAAUUUAAUCUUAUCAAUAAUAUUGGUGUUAUUAGUUUCAUAAUCGUGUAGAUAAAUUAUUCGUGGAAGGGUAGUUAAUUAUCAUAGAAUUGAUAUAGUAAAGUUAUUAAGGUAUUAAUUAGUAAUAAGUUGUAGGCAUGUUAGAUUUUUUCUUAUGAUACAAGCUAUUGUGGGUUAAGCAGAUGUAUGCCUUUUUUUUAACAUUUGUAGUGUCACGUGGUGUUAUUUUUAAAAAUGCGGAAAAUAUGUAUAAAGUUAAUUUUUUUUAAGCUCAAAAACAUAAUGGGUUAUAGUAUAUAUACAUAUUGAUAAAAAUUUAAUUUAAAGUUUAAAUGCAACCCACCUUCUAAAUGUAGAAAUAUGAGUAUAUAGGUACAAAUUGUAUUUUUUGUAAUAUAAAGGUUUUAUUUUUGAUGGCGAACAACUAGAUCCCUAUGCACUUGUUUAAGGGUUAAUAGAAAAUUGUGUAGUGAAUAAUAGUCAAAUCCUUUAAAAAAAUAGUUCUCAUAGUGAAUGUUUUUAUCUUUUAUUUGUUAAAAUAAUUUUUACUAUAUUGUACUAUAUUAUUAUUUACUAUAAUGGACAAAUAUGGAAAAUUAAUUUUAAAAAAAAUAAAAAUUUUUAAAUAUACAUAUUGAAUAUUUAGUUACGUUCGAAAAAAAAUAAUGAUAAUUAGAUUUUUAUUUUUAAAUUUGUGUAUAUUUAAUAAAGACAUAAAAUUUUCAAAAUUUAUAUGUGAAAUUUGUGUUUGAAAGUCUGAAAAAUAAUGAGAGAUCUUGUCUAAAUUUUAUCGUUCUUAAAAUUGAAGUGAAAUUUGAUUGGUUCAGGUUAACCACAAUUUAUUAUUUCAUGGGAGAAAAUAUUUGCUUGAAUAUUACAGUGAAAAAAAAAUAGCCAUUUACAACAUAUUAUCUAAUAAAGAUAUGAUAUCUUUGUGUUAAAGAAAUUACUACAAUUUUGGAAAUUCAUAUUGUUUAAAUAUGAGUAGCAUAUAUUAUAUUUAGAUCAAUUAUUUUUAUUCUAAUUGGUGGUUCAUAUAGAAAUCAAAGUGUUGUUAUAGUCAUUACCUAUAAAAUUCAAAAUUGGUCUGUUAAAUCUUGCCUCGGAAUUAAUUUAAUGCGAUCCAGUAUAUAAUAUAUUGAUGUUUUUUUUGACAGAUGAUUUCAAUGUAGUACCAUAUGAAAUAAUGUUUGUUCAAUUUAAUUGAUUUUGUAUUAUUUGUAUAUAUAUAUAUAUCUAAUAAUAUUAUGGUUUUCAUAAUUUUUAUUGUAGUCUUCAUGGUGAACUGAAGAUCAAUUACUCUAGUCUACCUAUUUAUGGACCAUUUGAAAGACAAUUAUUAAGUAAUUGGGGCCAAUCUAAAAUAGACCGUGAUACUGUAAUGGUAAUAUAUCAUAAUAAUUAUAUCAGUAUCAAAUUUGCAUUUGUUUUAACUAAUUAAAAUUAUAUUUAUUUAUUUAGAUGUUAACUAAUAUUAUUUUACUUUCUAUUAUAAAGUUACUUUAUUGAUUUUAAAUUUUAUAUGAUGCUUUAAAUUAUUGUUUUAUAAUAGUACAUAAUUUUUUUUCUAUAAUUUAAGCAUUUAAUAUUGGUUUCUAGUUUAGGAUGAGAAGUUAUAGUUACCAAAGAAGAGGUAAAAUUGUCAAAAAAAUCAAAAUAAGCAUACAAAAAUUCACUAAAUAUGAAAAGAAAUAAUGCAAUUUUAUUUCGAUAAAUAUUUUUUACAUAUUUUUGAAUAUUUUGGCAUUUUAAAAUUUUCAGAGUAUAUUUCAAGGAUUUUAUACAUAUUAAAAGCAUAUUUAGGAUUUUAUCAAUUUUCAUUAAUAUAUUAUAAAAGUAGUAUGGAAUAUCUGUAAGCAACAAUAAAUCAUUGCUUAUGAAAAAAGAUUCUGAGCAGAGUUCAGUUAAUAGUGUUGUUUUGUCACAAUAUAUAUCAUAUUAUGGUAAAAUGAUUAAAACAAUGUGUGUUUCUAUGACAGCAAUGAUUGUUUAAUAAAGAUUAAAAUAAUAAAUAUUUAAUAACAAAAAUAAAUAAAAACGGUUGCCAAUGACAACAUUAUUUUUAAUCUUUCAAUUUUUUUAAUCUAAAGAACUAUGUUUUCCACAUUAUCUCAAAUAUUAAUGAGAAUUAUAAAAAUGGUCUCUCUAAAGUAGCAUCCAGAGAGAAUUUCCUUUCAGAAAAGGUGCUAUACUUAAUAAUAAGAGAGUAUGCUUUCUGGUAGAAAAUGUGUUCACAUAAAAAAAAUAAAAAAAUAAACAUCUUUCUAAAAUCAAUACAUUCUUCGCUAAACUCAGAAUCUAAAUCAGUUCUACAAAAAUUAAUGAUUAACUAUUGAAUCAAUGAUUACAAUUUAGUAAAACAACAAAAGAAAACAAAGGAAAUGUUUUGAUACAUGUCAUUUGUUUCACUGAACCGCUAAAGCUUUUUUAAUAUUUCCUAAUUGUAUUUUAACAGACAAUCAAAUAGGAUAAGGUAUUUACAAUUUAUAUUAAAGUAUUAUUUGAUAAUAAAAUAAUAAUACUAUGUAUUAUAACAAAUAUAUCUUUUAUUUGUUAGGUUUGAAUAUUAUAUUAUUGAAAUUACAGGUUUUGUGUUCUACUAUUGUUUUAUGAAAUAAAUUUUAUUUAAAAAUAAUUAUCAUUUUUAUUAAAAAAGGCAUUUAUAUGUACUAAAAAAUCAUAAAUAUUAUUAAAUUCUUAAAUAAUUAUCAAAAUAUAAAAAAAAAUAUGAAAAAACAAAAAAAAAACUAAUAUGAACUUCUUAGGUUUUGAAACAUAUUUUUGACUCACAUAGCUAUUAUAAAAAAUAUGUAAUUUCUAUAACUUGUCAUCUCUAUUUUUAGUGAAGUAGUACACUUUUAGUUUACUUAUUUUCAGGCUUUAAAUAUUAUGAAUAUCAAUCGAAUGGCACCUGUACAACAACAUUCGUUUUUUUACUUGAUGAACCAUUAUAAUACGGCAAUAAUUGGUUUUUCAAAGGGAAAGUCUACUGCCUAUUUAGCAAGUAUAUUUUCCUUGAUUCUGAACAAUAGUAAUGAUAAUCAAACUGUAAGUUAUAACAAAUUAUGAUUUUAUUUACCUUAAUAAAAAUUAUUAAUUUUACUUUUAUGUCAUUAGAAUAACAUAGGCAUCAGACCAAAAGCUAUAAUACUUAGUAGUUCGUUAGGAUCGUGCUCUGACCUGGAAUAUUUAUCAAAAAUAUUUAACAAUGCUACACAUAAAACUAAACAGAUUAAAGUAGUUGUAGCUUAUUCUUUUAUUUCAGAAUCAAAAAUAAUAGUGAGUGAAAUACUAAUAAAUGCAUUUAAAAAUUAUUUUUCAUUAUGUUUAAUACUUUAGUCCUAUAUUAUUUAUAAUUUGUUAUAUUAAAGGGUACUUUAUUGAAUGGAUGUGAUAUUUUAAUUACCACACCUACUACUUUAGUUAAUAUAAUAAACAAAACAAAAUCAUUAUUUCAUUGGAAAAAUCUAAAACAUGUUGUUUUCGACAACAUAGAUCUGAUGCUGACAAGUUAUGAGGAUCAGGCAAUUAAAUAAUUAUACAUCUAUAAUACCUCUGUCUUUAAUCAAAAUGUUAAUUUAAAAUAAGUAAACUUUUUUAGAUGCCUUGUUUAUUAAGUUAUUUGUUAAAAUUUAAAAAUAAGUCAAAUGAUAUACAAUUCAUAUCUUCGUCGGUCUCAUGGUCUAAGGAUAUUGACAAUUUUUUAAAUCAGUUGUUUGUUAAAUGGCAAUAUAUUUUUGGAUCUCAUCUAGAAGCUACACGUUACAUGCAAAUAGGAUUUAGUCUUGUACAAGUCCAAAAUGAUAAACUCGAAAAAAUAUUAGGUAACUAAACAUUCAUUUUAAAUAUUUUUAUCUGAAUAAAACAAUAUUUUGUGAAAUUCUUGUAUUUAUUUAGAGUUUUUAAAGAAUAAUAUUAAGUAUCGAAAAUGUGUUCUUCUUACAUCGAAUACUAGUGAGUUAGAUAUAAUUUAUGAUUACAUUAAGCAAAACAGUUCUGAUAUAGAAGUAUUGUUACCAGGUCCAUUGAAAUGUUCUUUUGGUAAAUAUUAUUAGUAAAAUUGUUGAGUUUUAAUAUUAACAUUUAUGAAAGUUGAUUUCCAAUAAUCUUAACCUUACCUUUUUCUAGUUUAUACUGUACAAAAGUGGUAUCUACCACUCGAAAAAAAUCAGCUUAUAUUCAUUUGCAGCGAUGAAAUGAUGUUUGAUUUUUAUAUUGAUAAUGCUGAUUGUUUAAUACAUUACGAUAUUCCUGUUGAGAAAAGUUCAUUUUCAAUAAGGUUUAGCGUCUUGCAAGAUCCAAAUAAUAUAUUUACAGUUAGAUUUUUGCAUUUUUGAUAUUUGAAUUUUUUGAAUUGUUAAUAUAAUUUAUAUUUCAUUUGUUUUUAGGAAAAAGAGCGUAGUUCUUAUAUAUUUUUAAGCGACAAUAGUAAAGACAUGAUUCAAUUGCCAAAAAUAGUUGACAUAAUGCAGACAUUUGGUAGAGUGGAACCAAUUCUACUAAAAUACACUAAGGUUAGAAAAGUUUUAAAUACUUGAGAAUAAAUUAUAGUGAUUACAGUGAUUUAUUAUGUAACAUUAUACUAUUAUAGAAUAUUUUUUCUUCGUUUUAGUUCUAUAAUUUUAAUGGAAUUUGACUAUUAUUAUGUACUUAUCUUCUCAAGCCUGUGCUAUCUGAAACAGUUGUUGUUAAUCUGGUCCAUUCCUAGAUGUUUUGAAUCCAUUAUAUUUGUGGUCUUCUAUGUCCUCUCCUACCUUCAAUUUUUCUUUUGACUAAUUAGCCUAAAUAUUGUAUAUUUAUUAACUCACAUUUUAUGUUAAAGUAACCUGAUUCACAUAUUUUAUUAUGUUUAUAAUUUAUGUUUCUUUCCCUAUGUGUUUUAAAACAUUUUUUUUUUUGUUACAUAGUAAGUCCACAUUUUGGAAUGUUUCUAGACAUUUGCAUGUGGACUUUGUUAAGGUCCAUAUUUUCACUCCAUAUAGUAGAAUCAAAUGUUGUUGAUUUGGCUUACUAUCAAAACUUUACUUUUAUUUAUAUUCAAGUUUAUACUAUAUGCCUAGUAUGCCGUGGAUAUUUGGUCUAUUAGUUUAUGUAGAUCUGUGGCAGUAUCAGUCAAGAAUAUUGUAUUGUCUGCAUAUCUUAGAUGGAAAUCUGUAAUAACUCUGACUGUAUUAUAUUAUUCUGGAACAAAAGUUUACUUCUCCUCCCCCCCUAAAAAAAAAAUGUACGAACCGUGUAGACAUGGACGUAAAAAUCAGAAAUUGAAAAAUAUUCAAACCAAAUUUGACUGUAAAUCAAACCUACUGUCCUUUGCUGGAAAAUAAAUUGUUAAUCUUAAAAAUAUUGUAAAAUGUUUGAAUUAUAUUUACAUGUAUUGUAUCAUUUUUGAAUAUACAUAGCCAAAUGCCUAUUAUCAAAGCCAACAAUACCUGUGUACUCUUUUUGUCUACUAAUCUUUUAAGUCUUAUAAAGGUGUUUAUCCCUGCUCAUUAAAAUUCAGUUAUGAUACACCCAUCUCGAAAUCUGGUAGUCAUAUUAUAUCUAAUUAUAGACCAAUAUUUGUUCAGUUAGUUUCAUAUUUCUACAGUUUUCAAAAAACCAGUCUUAAUUAAUAAAAUAGAACCUUACUUUAAUAAUAUUAUUAUUGAGUAGCAACAUGACUUUUCUGGGCUGUUUGUGUACCACUUGCAACUUGUGUUCAUUAAUUUUGUUUUUAUUGUGUUCUACCAAAGACUUAAAGUAGAUGUCUUAUAUACUGAUUUUAAUAAGACUUUUAGCUUAGUUAAAUUAAAGUGUAAGUUCUUAAAAAAAUUGGUUUUCUGAAUAAAUUUUAUCUUAGUUUAGUUCAUAUAUUAGGAUAGAAUUAUAUACCAAUGGCUCAAUCUAUUCAAAACAAAGUCUAAUCUAUUUUUGGCUACAUCUAGUUUUCCUUAGACACUUGUCCCUACUUUUAUUUUUUUACUUAUUAAUAUUGUAGUACUUAGGUUAUUAAUUUGUUUCUCAGACGUAAUAAAACUAUUAAAUACAACAGAAAAAAAAUAUUGACACUAGUUUCAUAGAUUUCUGAUAAGGUUUUUUCCACAUUUGUUUUUAAAAAUGAAUAAUAAAAUAUUCACUUUUUUUAAAUUCAAACAUUUUUUUAUUUAAGGACACUUAUUAACUUUGUACAAUUCAAUUGUUGUAUGUACAUACAAUGUGAAACUAUACAAUGUAGGUAUCAAAAGAAUAAUCAAUAUUAAAUAAAUAACAAACAUCAAUGAACUAGUUUAUUAAAAUGUAUGUAUUUUUAAUAUUAUUUUAGAUUAUUAAAGAACGUUUAGAAGAACUAAAAAAAAAUAGUAUAUUUUGUUAUAAUAUUGAAAAAUUUGGAAUUUGCCCAAAUUCUACAACUUGCAAGUAUCGUCAUGUUUUAUUAAAGGAAAACUAUAAGCCCAAUGAUAAUAUUCCCAGGUUAGUAUACAUUUCACUAUGUUUAGUAAAAAUGUAA